CGUCGCCAUGGGGAAGUCAUUCGCCAACUUCAUGUGCAAGAAGGAUUUUCACCCCGCUUCCAAGUCCAACAUCAAGAAGGUAUGGAUGGCGGAACAGAAAAUAUCGUAUGAUAAGAAGAAACAAGAAGAAUUAAUGCAACAAUAUCUGAAAGAACAGGAGUCCUAUGAUAACAGAUUGCUUAUGGGUGAUGAGCGAGUGAAGAAUGGUCUUAACUUCAUGUAUGAGGCCCCUCCUGGAGCAAAGAAAGAGGAAACUAAAGAGCAAGAAGGAGAAACUGAAUACAAAUUUGAAUGGCAAAAAGUCGCCCCUAGAGAAAAAUAUGCUAAGGAUGAUAUGAAUAUCAGAGAUCAGCCGUUUGGUAUCCAGGUGCGGAAUGUGAGAUGUAUUAAAUGCCACAAGUGGGGUCAUGUAAACACUGAUCGAGAGUGCCCCUUAUUUGGCCUUUCUGGAAUUAACGCGAGUUCGGUCUCCACUGAUGGCUCAGGGCCAUCAAUGCACCCCUCGGAGCUAAUAGCGGAGAUGAGAAACAGUGGGUUUGCACUGAAACAAAAUGUACUGGGGAGAAACUUGACCGUAAAUGAUCCAUCACAGGAAUUUGUCGCAAGUGAAGGCGAUGAUGAUCCAGAAGUUGAAUUUCUAAAAUCACUGUCAACCAAACAAAAACAGAAACUUCUAAGGAAGUUGGAUCGUCUGGAGAAGAAAAAGAAAAAGAAAGACAGAAAGAAGAAAAAGCAGCAAAAGAAGAAAAGCAAAAGUAAACACAAGAAGCAUAAGGCGAGAUCCUCUUCCUCAUCCUCCAGCGAGACUUCAGUAAGCAGCAGCGACAGCGAGACUGACAGCAGAGAUAAAGCAGCACAAAAGAAGAUGUAUUCUAAGAAAAGAAAAAAAGACAAGUUUUCAGAGGCUAGCAGCAGCAGCAGCGAUUCAGAAGGAAGGGCAAAGACGAGGAAGGAAAAAGUUUAUGAAGAUCUCUCCAGUAGUCACGGUAACAAGGACAAAGAUAGGGAGAAGCAUAGACUUUUAAAGCAAGAUAGUUCUGCGGAGAACAACAAAUGGAGCUCCUGUGAGCGGGAAAGACAGUCCAAAGGCAGGUACCAUAGCACCAUCAAGAGAGAGACUGAAAGAAAGGAGAGGGAUAGUAGAAGCCAAAGCGUGGAUGAGCGGAGCAGGAGAAGUCCUUGCACAAGUCACAGCAGUUCCAGGCAAAGGCAAAUACGAAAAAGUCCAAGUCAAAGCCCCGGCGAAGAGCGACGCAGGAGAAACGAAACGAGGAGCCCCAGCACAGAUGUGCACAGAGAGAAGAAAAGAUGUAGAGAGAGCUACGGGGACAAGUGCAGUAAAGUGGAACACAGGGAGAGGAGCAGACGCAGUCGAAGCAGAAGCAGAGAGAGGAAAAGAAACAGAUAGUGUAGGGGACAGGGGCAAACAAAAACAUCUCUGUUUUGUGAUGAAUACCUUUGACAAGGGCUCGAUUACAAACUGCUGUUCAUUCCCCAACCUCUGUAACUAGCUUUUCCUACAUAAAGCCAACAGCAUCAUUUCUUUAACUCUGGAUAUUUGUAAAUUAGGUAUAAAUGUUAUGGUAUUUUUCUUAGUGUAUAAAUAU